CCCCAUUCCACACCUGCCUCCCUUCUUCAGACCCCUCAAUCAGUUCCGGACAGUUCCGGGAAGCUUGCUCAACUCUACUCCUUCACUGGCUAUUCCAUCCUUUCUUUGUCCAAGUCAGAUUUCCUACCCUUUUUUCCUCUUUUGUGGGAUCUUUCCUGUGCGGUGUACCAUUCCUACAGUUUGCUGAAUUUCUGUCAUUUGGCCAUUAUUAUUUUUCUUUUGGCCUGAGAUUUCUUUAUCUCCCUCUAUUUUAACUUUCCCUUUUUCUCCAGCGGUUUUGUGGCUCGUCUCUCUUUUCUUCUCGUUGGCUGUGUUUUCGCUCUCUGCUGCCGUCUGUUGCCCACACCAUGGCCCGUCCUCUGGCUCUGGAGCCGAUAAGAGGGCAUUUGGGUGUUAAGAGUUCCCUAAAUGGGAGCGCAGACUUUGACAGACUUAGUUUUGUGGGGGAACAGCAUCCUCCACCUCCCCUCCACAGUUACCUGUGGCUAACAAUCCUCACCUGCUUCUGCCCCGCGUACCCAGUCAACAUUGUAGCCCUGGUCUUUUCAGUAUUGGUAAGUAGGGGACAUCACAGGCAUAUGGGAAACGGUUUACUCACUGACUAAUAUAUGUCUUAAAGCUAAUAUAAAUGUAUUGAAUAAUGAAUGAGAAAUAUAUUGAAAAUAGUGUGAAAAGUACAUCAGGUCAAUUUCUAUGUAAGAAAAAGCCAAUGUAGAGUGUGAUAUGUUGCAAGAUGAAUACAUUGUAAACAUAUUGUAUUGCAUUUCACAAUUUUUGCAAUUAUAAAAUAAUCCUAAUUUCAUAUUCUGUUGAUGUAGUAUUAAAGGGACAGUUCGCUUUUUUGAAGUUUAACUUAUUUUCAACAUCCCUAGGAUGUUGUUUCCUCCAAACCAUUUAAAAAUUCAUUAGCUAGUUAUUUAGCAAUGUCCAGAAUAAUCUGGCUAGCAUUAUUGGACAAUGUAGCAAUGCUAGUGGAAACUGAUUGUGUCCGUUAGCGGUUAUUCAAAAGCAUGAGGAAUGCGGAGGAGAGCGGAAGGCAGCUCUGCUCUAGCUUUUGACUGCAUCUCUAAAGGAAACAAUCUGAUUCCAUGUUUUUUUUCUGGGAUUCCAGCAACAAGCAGUAAAAAAAAAUAUCUGGUGCACCAGCUUUGAAUGCUUGCCAGGACAACAGUUCUCCUCUGCAAUUCUCACAUGUUCUUAAACUACAUGUCAGGUCAUAAGAUACGGUGUUGAGAGCUGGCUGAUCACACUAGGAUCUCUGGCCCAACUUUCUCACGAUGUGUGUGUGUUUUUGUGGGACCGAGAAAGUGAAGUGGUGUUGGUAAUAUGGUAAAGAGUCUACCGGUAAUCCCGUAUUUAUUUGAUCAUCUGCGUGUGGCCGUGCGUGUAUGUGCACGGUGUGUCGGUCUGUCUGUGUAUGUGUCUGUGUUUGAGGAAGAAACGAGAACCAAACAUGUCUAAUGAGAGGAACAGAUGUGUGUGUGGUAGGGCAGUGCCCUCUGACAUGCUCGAUGUGCCCUCCUAACAUGCUCCCCUCCCCUCUCAAAACACCACGUCACUGACACACUUUCCCAUCCAAAGGGUUUGGACUCCCUUACUUUCUCUUCCACCUUUCUAUUCUCUCUCUCAAACACACAAUCACACAAUGUUAUGCAGACCUGGGUUCAUAUAGUAUUUCUUCUAAACAGCCCUUGGUUGAGCUUGUCUGGUGCAAUGUAUUCAAUGGAAUAGUCAAAAGUGCAAAUCCCCACCCAUCUGACACUCCAGCCAGGCUCAAUCAAACACUCAAAAUAUUAGAAAGAAAACGGAUACUAUUUGAACCCAUGUGUGGUGUUAUGUGUACCAUUCCUCAUUCACAUUUGAGGAUCACAUGUAAAUAUUACACAUUUAUUUUACUCCAAAUGAUUUUCCAAUUACAGGUCUACUUCAGUAUGAGGUAGGUAUGAGCCAUGAUCAUAUUUCUCUUUAAAUUGUCAUGGUAAGCAACACAUUUUAGAGACAAUCCACGACUGCUGGUGAAGUUGAACGCUCCCUUAGUGAAGUGUUUUCCCUCUUGUCCCCAUGCAGUCCAGGAAAAGUUAUGAGUUGCAAGACUAUGAUGGCUCGCGCCGACUGGGUCAGAAAGCUCUCCAAGUGGCCAUCGCCUCCAUCGUCAUCGGCCUCCUCUUCGUCGCCAUAUUCAUCAUCGUUCACUUCACCACGGUAAUGCAGCAGCCAUUCCCCACAAUGUAACCAAUGGAAUUUCCCAUAAAGUGCUAACGCCGCUCAUCUGGCACUCCAGGCAGGCUCAGUCAAAAGCUCAAAGUAUUACAAAAAAUAACUACAAGAUUUGAACAGACAUAAAGUACAUGCAAAUAUUUAACAGAGACAAACACUCAAACAUGCAUUCAACAAUAUAUAAAUAUAAUUUGCAUACUGUAG